UCACACUUCACAUUUGACAUUUCCAUCUCAAAAUGAACGAAGCUUUUUCUAUCGUAGGACUUGUAAUAUUAUUAUUGGAGGUGGUAGUUGGUACUGGGCAAUUCGUGGUGAGACUUCACUCAUACGAUAACCCGUCAGGAACAGAUUUCAAUGGAACAUGCUGUGACUCAGAUGUGUUAAAAUGUCAACUGGACAAAUGUGAUUUAAAGUUUGAUAUAUGUAUAGGGAGAAAUCGUGGAGGAUCUGACUGUACAUAUGGAACAAAACAGGUUAUCGCUGAACCAGACUUCAACAACAUUGACUUUAAUGAAAAUCAGAAACUCAGUUUUCCCAUCACAAACAGUCUGAAGGAUGCCUUGUUUAUAAAAGUGAAUGUGACAGACCAGGACACGGGAGGAGCCUCAGUAUUGGUUGAUACUUUCCAUUUCGUAUUUAACAUGGCUGCCUACUAUAACUCUACUGUAAUAGAGUACAUGGAUUAUCUAAUCACUGGGGAAAGACCACAGCUAAGAUCCAAGUUAAAUUUGAGUGUGACAUCAUACUGUGACCAGAACUAUUAUGGACCAGACUGCGACAUUAACUGUGUUGCUGAGGACUUCGGUUGUAAUGGACAUUAUAAAUGUGGGGUCAGAGGAGAGAAGAUUUGUAACCCUGGGUGGACAGGGAAGGAUUGUGAUGUACAGAUCCCUGGGGGUGAGGGAGACUGUGGAUUUUAUAAAGAUUCCACAGAGCUACUGCCAAGCUUGUGGGAAGGUUUUUAUACCUGCCCCCGUGGAUCAUCACAGAUAAUUCAAAUGAAUGUGACCCAAAGAAAUAAAGAUGAAAUAUUGACCUCAGCUGUGUUGACUUUUGAUGGAAUCUCAGUCACAGCCAGUGGGAGCUAUGGUUAUAGAACACUGCUCAUACAAGGCAGACCAAAUCAAAAAAAUAUAACUGAUGUUAAACUUCAUGGUGUACAGCCACCAUCAAAUUUGUCUUCAAUGGCAGGAGAGAUAAUAUUCAAUGGAGAUAAAAAAUGUGGUGUAGUUUUGAAUCUACAGAAAUCUUAUUUGAACCAAUGUGGAUCUGGAACCUGUGUGAGAUAUGGUCAAAAGAAGAAUGAAUCCUACUGCUGUUGUGCUGGUAAAGCAAGCACCUCUUGUGACUCCACAACAACCAUCAAUCAGACAAAAUCUACAACAUCUUCAACAGCAACUCCAUCAACAACUCCACUGACAACAAAACAGCCAGCAACACAGAGGCAAACAACUCAGAACCCAACAACUACCCCAAAACUCACAACGGAAGAGAUAACAACGAAAACAACCUUACAACCAAAAACAACACCACGACCUACAACACCAGAGACAACCACAGAAACAUCAACCAAACAACCCAAAACAACAACAGAAUCAACAACCACCCCACAACCCACAACACCAGAGACAACCACAGAAACAACAUCUACCACAACAACACUAGUCUCAACCACAGAGACUACUACCAAGAAAUCCACCACUGUAACAACUAAACCAACCACUCAGUCCACCACUACUACCACCACCACUACAGCGGCACCAAGUCCUAGCACCACUAAACCUACCACACACAAAGUGCCAGCAUCGACUUCUGUAGUGCAGGUUUUUGAGGACAGCUUCUUUAUCAAUCUUCUGGGAAGUGAGAUAGACUCAACACUGAUAGAUGCUAUUAAAGAUGCAUAUAUGGAGGCAAAUAAAGGUCUUGAACUGCACAGGAGUAACAUGGACUUUCCUUAUAGAAUAUCUACACCUAAAUUCAUUUAUGAAGAGAGGAAGCACCGAGGAGAAUUGCUGACUUUCCUUCGAUAUAAUAUAUCGAUAUCAGGUGUAUCAUCCAACAUCAAGCCACCCAGUAAGAAAGACAUACAGGCACAGAUAGAAAAACACUACACCUCCAAUGUUAAAUUGUAUGAUGUUGUCCCGGAGUUUAUAUUCCCAUUAUCAGACAGUUUAUUCCUUGAUGUUUAUGGACCAGGUCCAUCUGAUAUGGAAAUGGCUAUUUGGGAGAAAGUUAUAUUGGAAGUUUAUAAAACUCAGAAUAAUUGUAAUUCAUCAGCAACAGCCUGCCAACUUUAUGACAUAUCAAUUAAGAGUACAGAUGAAUACAUGGAUUACAAUGGGUCAGAGGUCACCAGGCUGUAUAUUUUUGUCCUGUAUAUGGGAAAAUCAAUUCAGCCACCUAACAAUAAGGAUCCAUACAUGGUAGCUCUACAGAACCACUAUGAAAUCAAAGCUAAAUUCUACACAGGAAGUUUGGAUGACCAUGAACUGUUAUGGUACAGACACCACUAUGAUCUAUUUAUAGAAGGUUCUGUUGUACAGAGUGAUUUGACCAAAUUUGGUAAAGAAAUCCAGAAUGCUUGGUAUAAGGCUGAACCAGGUUAUAACUGUUCAAUAUGUAAUGUUUUUAUUCACAGAAGAGAAAAAUAUGUGGGAGAAAAUGGGGAGCCUUUAACAGCUUUAGUUUACUACUUUCAAAUUCGGGAGAUAUUUUCAUAUCCAAAUCUAGAUGGAAACAAAAAUUAUUUACAGUAUAUGAGAAUGGAAAAUUUGACUGAUAUAAAUGGCAAUCAGUACAAGUUGUAUAAUGGAUCUAGACAGUAUCGUUAUAGCUAUGGUUAUAACCUCCUCAUAGAGGGUGAGGUAGAUCCUGGGGACGGAGACCAGUUUACAGCACUUACAAAACAAGCCUGGCUGGACUAUAAUGUAUCCCUUGCCAGCAUAGCUCCCAGUCAUUUAAUUGAGGAAUAUGUCAGCACAUCAGGUGAUAUUGUGUCCAACGUGGUAUGUUUUGUGUCACUUGGUGACCUUGUGAUUAAUGCUCAUCUGAUCUCCACCCCCUCGAUGUCAUGGUUACAGAGCUGGAGGAAGAACCAAUCACAGCUGGUUUUCUCCAGGUCAGGAGGUCAGCCUUACCAGGUGUACACUAAACACUCCCUCCAACAGCUCUACCUCAAGACUGAUCUGUUCUCGAUCUAUUUUGAGGGCUACAUCAAGCUUGAUCGAUGGAAAGACAUAACUGAGUCCCUGCAAAGUGCUUGGAAUUCUACCACAUUUUCAGGAAAAAGACUUCAUGUCCAGAUUCUGGGAUAUAGCACUUUUUCUGUAUAUUUGAAGAGAGAAGCUGUCACUAUGUUAUGGUAUGCUCUUUUUGUGGAUGAGAAGCUUGUAUCCCCAGUGUCUGUACUGUAUAGUCAGAGAACACUAGUGUACAACAUAACUAUGAUCUCUCUAGCCUCAAAAUACCCAGUGUAUGUAUUGACAGAAGGACUACUAAACACAAGGAACCAGUUUACACUAUACUUCACCACCAAGAUUAACUAUCUUGAUUUGGAAGGUAGUAUGAAGGUGCAACUUCUGGAUAUUAUUAGAAGAAAAUGGAUAGAAUCAUCAAAAUAUAAGAAUUUAGAUUUAUAUAUUGACUACCAGGAAAAAGUGUUCAGAACCAACAGCUCUAUACUCUGGAAGUUGGUAUUUUAUUUGAUGUCCAAUCAAGGGGAACUCCGCAGCCAAUUUGUCACCCCUGUCACACAUCAGUUGUUCCAAUCAGAAGAAAUCAAGGGCAUCACUGGUCAAGCGUAUCAUUUAUACACAGGUCAAAUGUCAUCGACCUGGUUAUCGUAUAAUAGCCAUUUCUCCUUGACCUUUUCCUCUGAAGUGUCAGAACAAGAAUGGUUUAGGGUCAGAAGAGUGCUGAAGCCUGAAUGGUGUAAAAGUGUACUUAAAUGUAGUCCAGGGCAGGAUGUCACCAUCUUGAUUAAAGAACAAGAGCAGUAUUGGAGUGAUAUCACAAGGAAAUGGUGCUGGCGGUUGGUAUAUUUUGUCCAACAUGGAACUCGCCUCAUCAGCUCACAGUACCACUCCUCCAUUGAUGUAUAUAAAUUAGAUUUCUCCUGGACCAAUGUGUACAAUGAAACCUACAAACUGGUGGAUAACUCUGUUGUCGGACAGUGGAGAUUCUCAAGGUCAUUCCACUUGUGGACGGAGGAGCAUUUGACGGUGAAUACUGAGGCAAUCCGUAACCUUGAAUCGGCAUUACUUCAGGCCUGGUACAAAAUGAACGUAAGAUCAGAUUUAAAGACAUGUAAUUGCAUCUCCGUCCAUGUUUUGCCACAGAAAAGUUACUAUGCAGGAAGUGGAAAAUCUAUAUGGAGACUGACAUACUUUAUUUUAUACAAGAAUAAGGUAGUUAUGGAUGCCCAUUUGUGGCCAACAUUGAAUACCACACUAAUAGACUGGACGUCAGUGACCUCCAAUAGGGUCAAGGUCAGAACAGAUAUUGACCUCUAUUACUAUCAGUACUUGUUGAAGUUCUAUCUCAAUCACAAGCUGUCUAUUUCUGAGUAUGGGAAAGUGGAAAAAGCUCUGACCAAGGAAUAUAUUGACAGACAUCCAGAUUGUGGAUGCCAGAUUUCUAUUGCUCACCAAGAAGAAGUUAUUGAUAGUCAUGGGAAGUCAUCCUGGGUUGUCUAUUACCACAUUGUGAAAAAUGGAAAAUAUCAGAAGCCAUCAUCAUAUUUACCUAUUAAUUGGAAUAACUUUAAUAAUAAAUACCACUUCACUUCAUCGGAUGGUCACAAACUGGAUUUUACGUGGUCGUGGUCAAGAAAUCACAAAUAUAUCAGUUAUAGCCAAUCAGGAGGCUUGAUUCUACAGACUUGGGUUCCUCCUUCACUUUAUGGAAGAUUUGGGGCAUGGUUACAGUGGUACUACGCAAAGUAUUUCAAAGGAUCUACAGUUUCAGUAGAGAUGACAAACACAACAAGAGAGUACAAGAAAAAAGAUGGAUCAUCAGCUUGGCAUUUGCCUUUCAUUCUGAAAGUCAAUGGUAGUAUUAUUGCCCCACCAGCCAUUAACAGCACAACUUUUAACACAACCUUUAAUGCUACUACAUCAUGGAAACAGAAGUUCAGUCUGGUACAUACUGAUGAGGUUACUGAUAAGAACAAGGUUUUCUCUGUCCAUCUCAACCACAAAGUGUCUGAGUCUGCCAAGGAAGACAUUAAAAAGGCUAUCAUUGCCACGUUUGUGCAGCAGCACCCAGGAGUCAACUCAUCUUUAGUGAACCUGACUUUUGGAAAUCAACAAGAAACAUUUUCCAAUAGCAAGAACAAGACAACUGAAAAGUCUUCUUCCUGGGAGUUGAGUUACACCAUUAAUGUUGGGGGAUCUGAGGUGGAUUCCAGGAGUACUACCAGCUUAAAUACCUCCCUGCUGACCUCUAACCUCAAUGUCACAGGGCCAAAUAAGGUCAAAUACAGAGUCGUCAAAAAUACAGAAUCUACAGAGUUCAUUACUGCCCGCCGUGUGUCUUCUCUGUAUGUCAGCUCUUUUGUGUCAGUGGAAGACAUUAAAAAGAUGGAGGAAAAAAUAGCAUUGGAGUGGAAGAAACAAUACAACAGUUCUGAGGAAGUGAAAGUGUCUUUUAUCAGACAGAAACAGUACAUAGAUACCAAUGGAAGAGUGGUCUCGAAGUGGGACUACACACUGACUUUAAACAGUUCCCAUUUGGUACGGGCAGAGAUCCCUCGUUUGGACUUCACUCACUUACAGAUAGCGGUGGGAAGCCUGACCUCUGUAACAGGAAGGAAGUAUCAGCUGGUCAGGUCUACUACCAACUUCCUGGAUUAUCAGAUGCACUUUCCUCUCUAUCUGACUACAAAGAUGGCAAGAGAAAAGAAGCAAGAUUUCAAAAUAAGUCUACAAAAGGCUUGGACAAAGAGAGGUUUUGGUGCAGUAUCAGUUCAAAUUGUGAAACAAGAAGAACUUAUUCACAAGUCCACAGGUACUUCAACUUGGAAGCUUGUGUACUUCCUGAAACACAAUGCUUCCAACACAGUGAUUGACUCUCGGGUGACAGACAACAUCAACGCUUCCCACCUGUCACCUGUGGUGGGACCCAGAGGUGUGUACAGGUGCCACACAGACCUGGAUACCACCAUGUACCUGUCCAGAGGCAUGUCCACAUCUGUAGCUCUCAACACCAAGCUUGACAUCAGAGGGAGGGCAAAACUGCAACAUACAAUUGCGGAACUACUGCAGAAAAAUUUGACAGCAUCGGACCUCAAGAGCAGUAUUUCAGUAGACAUUGCAGGACAAGAGGAAUAUUUUACAAGACAAAAUGAGAGAGCCUGGAGGAUUCUCUACUUUAUAAGAGUGGGCGAUCAGUAUGUACCAGCUUCAUCCCUGGUCCAGAUUGAUCAUGACCGUCUUGCAGUCCUGCUGGCCAACUUCACAACACUCCACACACAGAAGCUUAGGAUCCUUAAGGAGAGUGACCUACUGCACAGCUACAGGAAUGCCUUCUCUGUCUACUUUACUUCCAAAGUGGCAAGGACGCAUUAUCUUAGUAUACAGGAGUCCAUACUUACAACAUGGAAAAAAUCCUGUAACUGUCUGUCUAUAAUCUGUAACUGUCUGGAUAUAGAUGGGAUCACAGAUCAACAUCAAGAAGAAGUUGUUGAUAGUAAAGGAGUAUCCUUUUGGAAGUUAAGCUAUUUUAUGAGAAGAAAUGGUACACUCAUAGAAUCUUUGACUCAUAAGCCACUGGACAUAAAGGAAUUGUCUGAGGUUCUCAUCAACGUAACCAAUAUCAAAGGUCAACCAUACACUGUCAAGGCCAUCAAGGAAACUGUUACAAGGUCAAGGAUGUUGUUUUCUUUCCACAUGACAACAGAGAUUGGAUAUGGUCAUAAAGAAAAAUUUCAGACAUCCCUUAAAGCAGCUUGGAUACGACUUCAACCAGAAAUGUUUAAGGACAAAGAAAUGUCAGUGAAAAUCUUGAGAAACUCAAGAUAUGUGGAUAUUGCAAAAAGUACUGCUGUGUGGCAAGUGGAUUACACUAUAGAGAGAACAAAUAUCACGGUGGAUCCCAUGGAAGUCCCUACUCUGUCUGCAGCAGAACUCCAAAAGAAUCUCACUUUUACCACCCCUAAAGGUACCCUGUAUCAGGUCAUUGACCGGUCAGCCAGCUUGGUGGACUAUAGAAUCCAUUUUGCUCUGUUUGUCUCUGCAGAAGUGAAAUCUACUGAUUUUUCUAACUUUGGCACAGCUUUGGAACAAUAUUGGACAUCAAGAGGUUUCACAAAUGCUACAGUCACUAUAUCAUUACAGGAGAGAUUUAUACAAAAGCCCUAUGGGAAAAUGUUGUGGAAAUUGGUUGUAUUUGCAAAGAAUGGCACUGCAUAUAUAGACUCCCGAACAUCAGAGGAUGUGAAUACAACUCAAUUACAAACUAGUAUAACAUCAACUGAUGCACAAUACAGGAAAUAUCGCUUAAUGGACGUCCGAUCGAACACUCUCAGGAGAUAUAACUCUGGGUUCUCCGUCAUUCUGUCCCACACCGUUUUGAGGUCAGACCUGAGUCAUGUUACAGAGGUUCUCAGAAAAACUUGGGCUAAGACUGAUAUGACCCUGAAGAAUGUCUCUGUUGAAGUUCUCAGCCAGGAGAAUUACGUAAACUCAAAAAUGGGACUCGUAAGCAAGAUUUUGUACUUCCUGUCUGUGGAUAGAACUGAGGUUGAUAGUGGAAUGGUGGGUAAUGUUAACCUGACAGCUCUUCGACAGCAGUUAAUGUCCCUGUCAGCCAGUCGUAACUACCAGCUUGUUCUGGAGGGGGACUUUUACCAAUAUAAUUGGUUGUUCACCUUAGAUCUGACAGUGCCUCUUCUCACCAAAGAUUACAGAAAGAUGGAGUACCAGUUAGCAGCAGCAUGGAGAAGUGAUUAUUCAACAAACUUCAAGAAUGUGACAGUCAAAAUUUUAUCACAGGAGAGUUUAGUUACUGAACUCGGAUCUUCAGUGAGUCGAGUUCUUUAUUCCUUAAAUGGAGAUUCCAAACCGCAGAAAGCCACACAGCAUAAUCCUGUUUCCCCCUUAGCUAUGCUGACCCAAGUGACAUUGGUGAAGUCAGGCACCAGCUACAGGUACAUCUCAAGAAUAUACAGUGGUUCUAAUGCUGUGUUCCGAUACUCGGAUCUGCACAGGCUUGAGUUAAAUGGCAGGGUCAGGAAUUACACACUACUGGAGAAUCAGCUCAAGGAAGCUUGGAACUCUACUGUUAAUGUCGAUGGUGAAAAAAUAGAGAAGGUGACGAUAAUAAACCAGGAAAAGAUUUUACUGAGCAGUGGAGAACUGGCAUUUAGAUUGCUGUACCAUGUUCAGAGCAGAAAUGUGGACUACUCCAUUAACAGACAGCUGGUCACUGGUCCAUCCCACAACACUCUGAUCAAACGUAUUAAAGUGGUGGAUCCCGCUGGGGUGUCCAGGAAAGUGUUGAAUAUCACAAAAGGAUAUCGUAUGUCUCAGGUGUUUAGUGUUGUACUGAACAGACAAGUUUUCAUCUCUGACCACUCUAAGUUUGAGAAAAGUCUUCUGCAUACACUGCAGACCACUUGGACAGAUAUUGAUGCUUCCUCAACUCUGACCUUCAGUGUGAGAUCUUCGGAGAGAGUAGUGGACAAAAGCUCAGGGAAAAUGUUAUGGCGGUAUACCUAUGUAGCUACAGCUAAUGGUGUUACCGUAGAUGUAUCACAUAAACUCAGUGUAAGCCACACAGCGUUAACAUCCAACCUUAACUUCACUUCACCUACAAAGCAGAAAUAUGUUGUUGUGAACACGGAUGUUGGAUCUUACAGUGAAAUGUUCUCAUUACAAGUUGAAGGCAUUCUAAAUUUUGAACAAAAACAAACGUUUUUUGAAGAAUUAAAGAAACACUGGUCAAACCACACAGUGCCUGCCACCUUGGAUAUGUUGUUGAGAGAGGAAUUUCUGUCAGAACUAGGGGAACCAGUGACAAAGUUUAGUUACUUUGUCAAGAUCACUGGACGUAAUGAACCAAUGUAUCCCUCCGUGACCAAACCUCCCCCAUAUGCCUCCAUGGCAACAAGACUGAGACUAAGACUGUACAUGGGGAAGACUUCCCUGAGAUACUCGGAUUGCUUCAGACUCUAUGUUACUCUCCCUCGGUGGAAUCUGAACAGGUCCACUAUAGAGACGGCCUUGACACAAACCUGGCAACAACAGUCUCAAGCAACCAAAAAUGUUGCAAUCAAGCUGAUAGAUGGAAUGGACUCCUUUGUUGGUAGCUAUGGACUUCAGAUAUCUGCCUUCCUUUACACAAUCUCCUACCAGUCUUAUGGCCAAACCAGAGUUAUCACCCCUGACAUCACAGUCUAUCCUGAUAGCCAGAAAGUCCAGACAGCUCUGUCUUCCCAGAAUUCCAGGCUGACCGUGUAUCACUCGGUUCCUUACAGAACACGAUCCCUGUUUUAUACAUCUGUGAUCCACCUCCAGAAUACCUCUAUAACAGUUAGGGAUGUUGAGAGUUUGGGAAUUGUAAUCAAUGAAACGUUACAGAAUAAAGAAACAUGGAGGAGCAAUGCAGUAGGAGAACACUUGAAAAGUCAGAUUGUCUCCACUAAAGAAUACAGGACUCUGGAUGAAAGAUCUUUGGUCACAAGGAUAUAUUUCUACAUCCACAUAAACAACAAAACAGUGGACCCAUGGGAUGGAAAGUUACACCUUGACAAGUUUAAGGGAAUUAUAAUGAAACUUCUGCAAAACAAUUCUGCCGUAAAAGAUCAUUUCUCUAUGAAUAAUCAGUCCGAGAACAAAGUGUUCACCAUAUUUGUACAAGGUCACCAUAAAGAAUUCUCAGACAUACGUACGGCUCUUCAGAAAAGCUGGAAGAGGAGAAUUACAUCAGGGUCAGUAACAGUUACUACACAUAGUACACACAGAUAUGUCAGUGACAAUUGGAAUCGUGUCACAAAAUUAACAUACACCAUCAAAAUCAAUGGCUCCAGUCCGGAAUCUCUGAAGGUGUCAUCACCAUCUUUUGCUGAAAUUGAAGCAGAGCUUAAGAAAGUGAACAAAGCCCAGUGUCCAUGUUAUGCUAAGAAGGCCAGAAAAGAGUACCUGCUAGGUUCACAGACUUCCAUAAAAGUCACUAAAGUUCAUACAGCUCUUAAAUCUGUAUGGACAAGCAAGAAUCCAGGCAUAGAUGGUCAGAAGUUCACAGUAAAAAUAAAGAGUUUAACAAGCAGACAGAAGAGAGAAACAGAGAGUGCCACCAUUAAAACAAAACUAGUGGGCAAUGAUAACAAGGAGAUUACACCUGUUCAAUACACAGUAGCUCUGGAAGGUCAUGAACCUGAUUCAUCAUUUGUGGACACACCCUCAAGUCAUGACCUCACCCAACCUCUGACCCAGGCAGGUGCUGCCCCCUGUGGAUGUUCCCCAAAACUUGCAGGGACCCUACAGCUAAAAGGAAAAACAGACCAGAGUGAAAAGCAAAAGAUAUCUGAUGCCAUUAAAGAUGCUUUUGCUAAAGAAAACCAAGAUGUUAUGAAGAACCAUAUUAAAACAGAUGCUAAACUAAAUAACACCAAAAGUGAUGGGGAUGAUGUAACGGUUGUGGAUUACACGGUCCAGCGAACUGAUGAUGAGCCUGUGGAGAACCUAAAGUCACCCAAGCGUGUUGACUUGGAGAGAAGUCUGAACACAGCAGGGAAAACUCUGUAUUCCAGGGCUCCAGUACCCCCACCAGAAGAGGAAGAAGACAAGAAGUUGGCCAUCUAUAUAGCUGUUGGUGUGUUGGCCUUUAUCAUACUAGUCCUGGUCGUGUGUUAUGUUGUGUAUAUCAGAAGGCGAAGCAAGAAAGGGAACUUGCUGAAGAGGGAACAAGAUGUGAAAGAGAAGAAUGCAUUUGACACAGAACAUUUCAGUGAACCAGCAGCUUCUCAGGCUUAUCAAAAUCCUAAUUAUGAACCGAAACAGGAUCUCAAAAAUGUCUGAUUAUCAUUUACUGACAAGUAAUUUAUGUCAAAGCCUAAAAAUAGUUGUUUUAAAAUGUUUUCCUUUGACUCUCUUAUGUAGAACCAGAUGCUGACUUUUUUUUGGCAAAAGUAGACUUUCAUUGAGGGUUUCAUGUUCUCCAAUGUAAAAUCUUAAAUCUUCCGUCCUUUAUUUUUUGUUUUCCAUAACAAUUCUCUAAACAGGAAGUUUAAUCUUGUCAUUUACUUAUGCAAUUUUAUUAACUAUGU